GGGUGCAGGAGGGCUUCUUGGGAAUCUCCAGAACGUUCAGAGUCCAGAGCGACUGCCUUUUCCUGCGAGUGAGGGAGUCGACAUCUUGUUAUCCUCAUGGGCCAGAGGAGGAAACUGAGGCAGAGAGGGGAAGUGACUUAUCCAAGGCCAGGCUGACGGUCAGAGUGGGGCCACAGUAGAGUAUGCGGCCUCCCUGGCUAGGGAAGGACCCAUAGGCGGACGUCUCUGUGCCAAGGACUAGGGUUAAAGACAUAGCAAGGCCCCUCGAAGGAGGGGAGGCCGGGGCCAGCAGAGGCUCUCCUGAGGGGACGAGGCUGGCUCGGUGCGGGGGGGGGGGGGGGGCCUGGAGGCUGCCGCAGCACCUUGAAGUCGGCUGUUCCGCUUGUGUGCGGAGGGAGGGCCUGGCUCUCCCGAGGAGUCUCCCUGCCAAGGGAACUUGUUCCCUCUUGUCUCCAUUGGAUGGCACCUCUGCAGGAUGCUGGCGGGCGCCCACGCCUUGCUGUGCCGAGUGCUUCUGACGCAUCCGGGCAAGGAGUUUGCUGGCCGCGUGCCCAGGGCUGUGCGUGCGUGCAUGUGUGAGUGUGUGUGUGUGUGUGUGUGUGUGUGUGUGUGUGCAUGUGUGUGCGUACGAGUGUGUGUGAGUGUGCGUGCGUGCAUGUAUGAGUGUGUGAGUGUGUGUGUGAGUGUGCGAGUGUGUGUGUGAGUGUGCGAGUGUGUGUGCACGCACCCGCGCGGUUCUGCCUGGUAGCUUGUACUGUAGGCACGUCAGUAGCGAGAGUGGCUGCUCCUUCCAACCCUGCGGCCCCGGGGAGGCCCCGGAAGGAGCUCAGGGCAUCGGAUGGAUGCGUCACAAGGUCACACGUAGGGCACCGCGUUCCCAGGCGUCCCGGCUGGCCUGGGCUCAGGGAGAGGCCACGAUGGCCAGCCUUGGCUGGCGCUGAGGGCUUGGCAAACGUCUGGACGGGUCUGUGUCCAGGGAAUAAGGAACUGGGGCCGGGCAACCAAGGCGAGGGGCUGUAGCGGCAGAAAAGCUGGCAAGGCUCAGAGGACCAGAACCUACGGCAUGCCUGAGCGGAGAGCAUCAAAAAGAAGCGGAGGGCUCGCAGGGCCGGGACGGCCAAGGUGACUCAGAACUGGACAGGUGGUCAACAUAAAAGCCAAGGUGAACAGAGCCUUCAACACCAGCAUGGAGGUGGGCAUCCAGGUCACCUCAGAGGACCUAUGCAGUGAGAAACAGUGGAGUGUGUGCAAAGCCCUGGCCACGUUCGUGGCCCAGCGAGACUCUUCCAAGGUGAAGCUAAAACAGAUCUUGCCACUGACAGAGGAGGAGAAGGUGGAGUACAGUGUGGCUGCAGAGCGUCGAAGGAUGAGGCUGGUCUACACGGAAACCAUCCAGGACCUGCUGGCCAAAAGCAUCAUUCAGGAUGAUCUAGAGAGCAGAGACUGCAGUAUGAAGGUACCUGCUGAGAAGACCCGAGUGGAGAGUGUGGAGUUGGUCCUACCCCCCCAUGCCAAUCACCAGGGCAACACCUUUGGUGGACAGAUCAUGGCCUGGAUGGAGAAUGUGGCCACCAUUGCAGCCAGCCGCCUAUGCCGAGCCCACCCCACCCUGAAGACCAUUGAGAUGUUCCACUUUCGAGGCCCAUCCCAGGUUGGGGACCGGCUGGUGCUCAAGGCCAUCGUCAACAAUGCCUUCAAGAACAGCAUGGAGGUCGGGGUGUGCGUGGAAGCCUACCGCCAGGAGAUGGAGUCCUGCAGGCGGCACCUCAACAGCGCCUUCAUGACCUUCGUGGUCCUGGACGGAGAGGACCAGCCCAUGACCCUGCCCUGGAUUCAGCCGCAGAGAGGAGACGGCGAGCGUCGCUAUAGAGAGGCCAGCGCUAGGAAGAAGAUGAGGCUGGACAGGAAGUACAUCGUGUCUUGUAAGCAGGCCGAGGUCCCCCUCUCUGUUCCCUGGGACCCAAGUAACCAGGUAUAUCUGAGCUACAAUAAUGUCUCCUCCCUGAAGAUGCUCAUGGCCAAAGACACCUGGGUGCUUACUUCCGAGAUCAAUAAGAUCAAACUCUACACCUUGGAGGAUGACAAAUUCCUGUCCUUCCACCUGGAGAUGACUGUCCAUACGGACACAACUCAAGCCUUCCUCCUGCUCUCAGACCUGCGCCGGAGACCUGAGUGGGACAAGCACUACAAGAGCGUUGAACUCAUACAGCAGGUGGAUGACGACGACGCCAUCUACCACGUCAUCAGCCCCGUCCUGCCCGGAGCUGACGGCAAGCCCGGGGACUUCAUCAUCCUGGCCUCGAGGAGGAAGCCGUGCGACAGUGGCCCUGACUUUUCUGCUUCUGAGCUGUGUGACUUUGGGCAAGUCACUUGCCUGGACUGGGCCCCAGGUGAGAGGGAUCCCUACGUGGUCGCCCUCAGGUCAGUCACCCUGCCCACCCACCCCGAGACCCCGGAGCGCACCAGAGGGGAGACCCUGUGCUCUGGCUUCUGCCUCUGGCGAGAGGGGGAUCAGCAAACCAAGGUGUCCUACUACAAUCAGGCGACCACCAGCUUCCUGAACUACGUGACGACCAACGUGGCGGGACUGUCGUCCGAAUUCAUCACCACCUUCAAGGCCUGUGAGCGGUUCCUCCUGGACAACAAGAGCGAGCUGGCCCUCAGCCUCCAGAACCUCUAGUGCCUGCCCGGCCGGCCCAGGGCCCUCCCCCAGCUCGGCCACUCCCCGGGGCACCAGGCUGACCGGUGAGGCCGGCCCUCCAGCCACGGCCGGCCCUCCAGCCACGGCCGGCCCUCCUGGCCAGGCCUCCCGACCUGUCUGUGGCUCAGGCCACGACGACUGCCUAGUUCUGGGGUCUCCCCCAGCCCCAGCCAGCCUGGACCAAUGAGCGCCGGGCAGUCCUGUGUGGUUUGAACCUUUGCCUCGUGCCUUAGAAUCAAUACCGUGGACUGAUUCCAGGGCUCAUGUGAGUGGUAAGCAAUAGGCCAGGGGGGAUAAGGGGUUAAGGGACUGGCCAGAUUUGAACCCAGGACCUCCUGUCUCUAGCCUCAACCCACUGGGCCACCUGGCUGCCCCCAGCAGUGAGGAAUGGGCCAAGCAGGCUCUGGUGACAGGAGGGAGCCAACGGCGCCCGUGGAGCCCGGGCUCGUGAAGUUCUAGGAGGACCCAGUGAGCCCCGGGCCCACGCAGAGGAGCUCCAGAUCCCUGGGGGCCGGGCGGGCUGGCUGUAGUCUGACAUGGAUCAGGGAGAACACAGACAAGCGGGUCCCUUCCGGUCCUGCUACCUGGCAGUGCCGGACCGCAGAGGGGUGCCUGGGAGUGACUUGGGGGGAGAAGAGGGCAGGCAGGCCCCCCGGGUGGCACCGAGGAGUCCCUAUGCCUGGGGGUGACUUAGGGGGAGAAGAGGGCAGGCAGGCCCCCUGGGUGGCACCGAGGAGUCCCUAUGCCUGGGGGUGACUUAGGGGGAGAAGAGGGCAGGCAGGCCCCCUGGGUGGCACCGAGGAGUCCCUAUGCCUGGGGGUGACUUAGGGGGAGAAGAGGGCAGGCAGGCCCCCCAGGUGGCACCGAGGAGUCCCUAUGCCUGGGGGUGACUUGGGGGGGGAAGAGGGCAGGCAGGCCCCCCAGGUGGCACCGAGGCAUCUCUGGGCCCUCCGCCUGGGGGUGACUUGGGGGGGAAAGAGGGCAGGCAGGCCCCGGGUGGCACCGAGGCAUCUCUGGGCCCUCCACCAUCCCUUAGGCCAAGCCUUGGGAUCUAUGACACAAAGGCAGGCAGGAUGGUGCACACAGCCGUGAGUCUGUACAAGCAAUAAAAGGCGAAUGUCUC